CUUCUUCUCCUCCUUCAGCAAAAUGAUCAAGGUCAGAAUCGUUGACGACGAGGAGUAUGAGAAAAACAAGACCUUCUACUUGGAGAUGGGAGAGCCCCGCCUGAUGGAGACCAAUGACAAUCAAGCUACAGAGGUGGCUGUGAAGGAGGUGGAAGAGGAGACGCCACUGACAGAAGUGCAUGAUGAGGACCAACGCAUCGCUGAUAUGGGCCGACCCACGCUGGGAGACCAUGUCAAACUUGAAAUCAUCAUUGAGGAAUCCUACGAGUUUAAGAACACUGUGGACAAGCUGAUUAAGAAGACAAACCUGGCCCUGCUGGUGGGGACUAACAGCUGGAGAGACCAGUUCAUCGAGGCCAUCACUGUCAGUGCCGGUGAGGAUGACGAGGAGGAAGAAUGCGGUGAGGAGAAGCUGCCGUCCUGCUUUGACUACGUCAUGCACUUCCUCACCGUCUUCUGGAAGGUUCUGUUUGCGUUCGUGCCCCCAACAGACUACUGGAAUGGCUGGGCCUGCUUCGUGGUGUCCAUCUGUAUGAUCGGCCUGCUUACAGCCUUCAUCGGGGACCUGGCCUCCCACUUCGGCUGCACUGUGGGCCUCAAGGACUCUGUCACCGCCGUGGUGUUCGUUGCGCUGGGGACCUCUGUGCCAGACACCUUUGCCAGUAAGGUGGCAGCCAUCCAGGACCAGUAUGCUGAUGCAUCCAUCGGCAACGUGACGGGCAGCAACGCGGUCAAUGUGUUCCUGGGCAUCGGCGUGGCCUGGUCCAUCGCCGCCAUCUACCACAACUCCAAGGGCAACGACUUCAAGGUAGACCCGGGGAGCCUGGCCUUCUCCGUCACUCUCUUCACCAUCUUCGCCUUCAUCUGCGUGGGGGUGCUGAUGUACCGGAGGCGACCUUCGAUCGGCGGCGAGCUGGGAGGUCCGCGGACUCCCAAGAUACUGACCACCAUGCUGUUUGUCAGCCUGUGGCUGCUGUACAUUCUGUUCUCCUCGCUGGAGGUCUACUGCCACUUCAAGGCCUUCUAAACAGCAUCAGACUUAAGAAGGCCCAAGAAGAGCUAACCAGAGACAAGAAGGAGGCAACAGCAGUGGUGAAAAACAUUUUCCUCUUGUCAUUAAUAAACCCCCCUUUCCCCUAUCCCCCUUUUAAGAAGUGAAAGAUAUGCCCCCCUCCUCUGUCCCCAUGGUCUAGUGCUUAAUGGAUGAAACUGGUUGUUAAGGCGAGGAGAGGCCUGUCAAGGGUAGGACAGACACCCCUCUGAAGUCUGUAAAAUGGCAGUUGUGUGUGUGUGUGUGUGUGUGUGUGUGUGUGUGUGUGUGUGUGUGUGUGUGUGUGUGUGUGUGUGUGUGUGUGUGUGUGUGUGUGUGUGUGUGUGU